UGAUGUCGCAGUACGUAUAGGUAGGCUCACUUCCUGUUUGAAGUUGCACGUUUUAACAAAGAAGUAGUGUGAUUGUACUUAAUAAAGCUUUUUUUUUAUAAAACGUAUAAUGGCGGAUGCUACAGCAGAAAAGGUUCAAGAAUACAAGGAUUCUCUUAAAACUAAGGCAGAACAGCUAUUAAUAACAGGAUUCCCAGAGAAGAUCGUAAAAUUAAAUGAAUUAUUGGAAACACCUGGUUUCCGUAAUCGCAAAUUGACAGAUGUUCAUCAAGACUUAAAUGUGCCCAUUCCAGACCCUAUAGUUCUUAAUCAUUCCGAAGAUGGACCUAUUACGAAAAAAAUUAAAAUGGACAAUAGUGUGGAUGAAACUAGCGGAACCAAAGUUAUGAUUCUUCCUAAUGGACCAGUACCAUGUAACAAACCUUUAUGUGAAUUAAUUCAUGUGGUAAAACCAUACAUCAGACAACUCUUGGAGGAUUCUAAUCUGUUGAAAAUGUGGAUUUCAUUUUUGAUUCCAAAAAUUGAAGACGGUAAUAAUUUUGGUGUAUCAAUUCAAGAGGAUACGCUUGCAGAAAUACAGUCUGUAGAGAGUGAGGCUGCUGCAUUCUUUGAUCAAAUCUCUAGGUAUUUUAUCUCUCGAGGAAAAAUUGUUAGUAAAGUUGCAAAAUAUCCACACAUUAUUGAUUAUAGAAGAGCGAUCCAAGAAUUAGAUGAAAAAGAAUAUGUGAGUUUGUGGCUUGUAAUGUGUGAAGUCCGCAAUCGCUACUGUUCAUUACAUGAUCUCGUCAUCAAAAACUUGGAAAAAAUCAAAAAACCACGCUCUUCCAAUGCGCAAUCUCUCUACUAAAUAUAUGAGUAUUCCCUGUAUAUGUGUACAGGAUGGUCGAAGUGCAAAAAUAAUCGCAUUAAAGGAGCGUGCCUAAAACUUCAUGAUAGGAGAGAAAAAAGCUCAACCAUUGCCAUCCGCGCUACCAUCUUAGAUAUUGACUCUAAUGCCUUGACAUUAGUCCAUCAUUCUUUCGACCAAUUAUAGUACUAUGGAAAAACCACAUAGUUGCCUCACACAUAUUACAUGGAGAAUAUGUUUUAGCUUAUUUAUAUGCAGAAAGGUUGAUGUAGCUGAGAUUAUUGUAUACAGUAAUAAGAAAGAGCAUCGAAACCUAAUAUCGUUCAAUACUUUCUUGACACUCAUGCUGAGUCAUAUGGUUCUAUAUUCAGAUCAUCAUUAGAGUGCUCCUAUACACUUAUCACUGAUGUUACACAUUCAGGAAUUUCAUUCGAUUUGCUUUUCUGAUUCAUUACAUCAAUUUUAUCGACGGAUUAAAUGGUAUAGUGAAUUUGUACUACUGGAUAGAAAAAUUAAAGCAUUUUCAUGAGGAAACAUUUUAAACACCAUCGUAUUGAAUUUAGAAUGAUCGAAGGUAUGAUCUAUAAUUUACAUUAAUAAAAAUAUCAAAAUAUGAAUCGAAGCAUAAUGUAAAAAAGAUAAAAUGAAUUUUCUUGUCAUUGGUGAUUCGUGUAUCAUUUAUAGCUGUAUAAAGUAGAAUAUGGAAUAAAUAUGUGCAACUUUAUGGUUAGUGUGUUAUACACUACUAUUAAUAAUUCAGUAUUUACACUUAUUAUCAUGAAUGCAACUUUUGCUUUAAUAUUUUUACAUUAUUUGAGGCGUAAUGAUGGAUGAUAUGGCAAGAUUAAAAAGAUUAACCCAAUGUCUCAAUAAAUGAUACAUGAAAUGUCAUAUAUCAUUGAUCUUCAAUGAGUUAAUUUAAACUUGUGAAUGUAUUAAAAGCGGCACAACCAGAUUAUUUAAAUAAAAUUUCUUCAGUAAAUAAUACAG